GCAGGCCAUUUGAACAUCGGAUCAUUUUCUCUCUUGUAUUUCCCAUUAUUUCGCUUCGUUCUUCUCUCUCUCUCUCUCUCUCUCUCAAAAUAAUCCCAAGGACGCAAAACAGAGAAGCGAGAAUCAAACAAUGCAGAGGGCAUCGAGCUCUCUUCGUCGAUCCCUUGGUGCUCUCCGUCUAAGAUUUAAUGGCAACAUCGCAGUCCAAGACUGUUCGAAAUGGAUUUCAAGUAGAAAGCUUAUAACAGGUUGUAGAUGCAUUAAUUCUGCCACAAAAGUUUCUGAUUUUACAUCUGGACGUGGCAUCUACAGUAGGGUUGUCCAAGAUGAAGCAGCAAAGACAGCAAAGGUUGAUCAAGCAGACGGUCAACUCCCACAGGCUUCAUUGCACAAACGUGUGGCUUCAUUGCACAAAUGUGGGGUUGGGAAAAAUGUCUCAGCAGUUGAUAAAAGAAAGUUUCUUAUUAACACGCUAUUGGACCUCAAAGAUUCAAAACAAGCUGUUUAUGGGACUUUAGAUGCUUGGGUGGCAUGGGAGCACAACUUUCCUCUAGUAUCCUUGAAAAGGGCAUUGCUUGUUCUUCAGAAGGAGGAACAGUGGCAUCGCAUUGUUCAGGUGAUAAAGUGGAUGUUAAGCAAAGGGCAAGGAACCACAAUGGGAACGUAUGAGCAGUUAAUACGUGCUCUAGAAAAAGAUGGCAGGGCAGAAGAAGCUCAUCAGUUGUGGGUGAAGAAAAUUAGUCACGAUUUGCAUUCAGUGCCUUGGACAUUUUGUGAGCUUAUGAUAUCUAUUUAUUAUCGAAAUAAUAUGCUAAGUAGGCUUGUCAAGCUUUUCAAGGGAUUGGAGUCAUAUGAGCGCAGACCUCCAUAUAAGUCCAUAGUGCAAAAGGUGGCAGAUGCAUAUGAAAUGCUUGGUAUAUUAGAGGAAAAGAAUAGAGUAUUAGAAAAAUAUAGUGACUUAUUUAGUGAUGCACCAAAAGAACGCUUCAAGGAAUCUCGAAAGGGUUCACGAAAGAAUCAAAAUAAAGCAGGUAAAGAAAAGAAUAAAGUUAAAGAAGCCAAUGAGAAUUUUGAAGUGGACUCUGGUCCUUCAAAUGAAGAAGUUGUUUAACAUUGAGUAGAGAGUAGAGAAUAUUCUGAAGUUAAGAGUGCCCAAUAGAAAGCUGAGGAUUACCAGGAAGAAUGACAGCACUUACAGAUCAAACCUAUUCAGCCUUUCAUGUUCAACAUCGAAGUUCAUUGCCAAUUUGCACUUGCAAUGUAUAGCCCUCUCUCUCAUUCCUCAAUACCGGUUGAUUGUAUUAAUCUACACUGUAAAUCAGCAUAGAAUUAUAAGGCUGCACUUAGUAGGAUGCUCAUUUUUGAGGGAGAAACACCGUGAUUCGUUCUCUUCUGGUGAAGACCUUAUAUGUGAAGUUGGGGCAGUCAAUUAUAGAAAAAUUAUCAUGUUCUGGUGAAUGAUAUGAUCUUGUCUGAGCUA